AUGACGGAUACGGUAGCAUUGAAAGUGAAAUGGGGAAAGGAAACAAUAGAUGUCAACUUUGUGGUAGCUGGAGGAGUCAAGGGAUUGAAAUCCGAACUGGAGGAAAAGACCAGAGUGCCUGCUGAUCGAAUGAAAUUGAUGGCAAAGAGCAAAGGCUUGUGGAAAGGAGUGCUGAAGGAUGAUUUUGAUUUUGGUUCCAUUGACUUUGCAGCAGCGUUGUCCAAGGCCAAGGGAGGUCCAUUGAACCUUUUAUUAAUGGGUUCUGCAGCUGAGCUCACUGGUCCAAAGACAAAAACUGUUUUCUUGGAAGAUUUACCUCCGGAGGAAGUUGCCAAGGUUCAAGAACCUUCUGGUCUAGAGAAUCUUGGAAAUACCUGUUAUUUGAACUCUGUCACCCAAUGCUUGAGAUCGGUCCCACAAUUGCGGAAUGGAUUGGAACCCUACCAACCAACUGCUACCUCAGCUCAAGCUUUAUUCCUUACAACUCUACGGGAAACAUACAAACAACUUGAUAGAACCACAAAGCCCGUUGCACCCUCCACAUUUGUUCGAUCCACGAAGAUGGCAUUUCCACAGUUCGCACAAACUGGACCCAAUGGAGCGCCCAUGCAACAAGAUGCUGAAGAGUUUUUCUCGGGAUUGCUCACCAUCGCUGCCGGCGAGCUUAAGGAUGACAGAUUAAUGAAGGCUGCCUUGCCAUUCACCAGCCCUAAGGAGUUGGAUGGUGCUUCCAAUCUUGCAGAUGCCUUAUUUGGAUUGAAGAUGGAGGAGACCUUGACUUGUGAUGAAUUUGAUGGAAAGGGUGACGACAAGAUGGAAGUUGAGGGAGAAGGAGCUGCUGCCGCUGGACUCGUGGAACCACCAGUAAAGUCCUAUGAUUUGCUUCGUAAACUCGUCUGUAAUAUUCAAGGUGGUGUUGACGGAACCAGCAGUACUCUCAAUGUCACUCACAUUGCCGAGGGAAUCAACCUCUCUUUGAACGGAAGUAUCGAAAAGAACUCUGAAGUUUUGGGCCGCAACGCUGUUUGGACACGAAAGCAAAGAAUCGCUCGGCUGCCCCCUAUCCUCGCUGUUCAGUUUGGUCGUUUCUACUGGAAAGCAACUCCUGACUCCCAGGAUCAUUCAGGUGUAAAGUGUAAGGUUAUGAAGCCUGUUGCUUUCAAUAGCGUCCUAGACGUUUAUGAAUUCUGCUCAGAGAAAGUGAAGAAGGAGCUCAAGAAGUCGAGAGAUAAGGCUUUGCAAGAAGAAGAAGACCGAAUCAACAUGAAGCUAAAGGGUGAAGAUGUAGAUGACAACAAAGAUAAGAUGGAAACGGAUGAAGGAAAGUCCGAAGAUAAUGAAGAAGACGCCGCUUUGAAGGCAGCUUUGGCAAUGAGUAUGCAGGAUGGGGAAGACGCACCUGAACCAGUUGGUCCAGGUUUGCCAGCAAAUUUCCAAGGUCAAUACGAGCUUUUUGCUGUGGUUACACACAAGGGUCGAGAUGCAGAUGGUGGUCACUACAUGGCAUGGGUCAAGGCUGACAACAACUCGGGCAAGGUUGAUAAAAUUGCAAACUCUGAGGAGGACAAUGAAGAUUGGUUCGUCUUUGAUGAUGAUGAAGUCAGCCCAUGCAAAACUGAAGAUGUGCUGAAGCUGAAAGGCGGAGGUGAUUGGCACAUGAGUUACUUGAACUUUUACAGAGCAAAAAAGUAA